CGUGGACUCGGGUGAGAAAGAGUUAAGUCUAUUUUCUCGUCGGAGAUGGACCCGGUCUGUGCAUGCGUGUGUAAACUAGAUCGUUUCUGACAAAUGACCGGCUCGCGCUCCCUCUUCCAGUUUCCUCGAGGAAGACACAGUGCGGUGCAGAAUUAGUCGAAUCAGUCAGGUGGUGGAGUGGUAGGGGGUUACACGUCUGUUACAAUCUCCAGAGGUGGGGAAAAACAUCUAUUCGGUCGUGCAAAUUGAAUCUUUUUGUGGUCAAGAUGGCAAAACUGGUCGUUUUGCUUGUGUGCUGCGCGCUGGUUAGUUUGAUCGUCGCGCAGCACGCGCGUCCCGCGGGGGUCGGCCCGUGGACGCACAGGUUCCAGUGGGAGAAUAACGGGCACGUGUACAGCUUACUAAGCACGGGUAGUGAGUACCACUCACCUUUCCACUCCAGGAGGGGAUCCCGCGUGUACGUGAGCAGCCGAAGCCGCGCGCACAGCACCAUUUCUCCUGAAAAUAUGCGAGACGCGUUGGCGCACUUUCGCGCAAAGAUGGCGCACUCAGGUGCCACCGGAACGGCGUCCACCAUCAUGGGACCGGACGGCAGACAGUAUGUCCUGGCGGGCGGCCGCGCUACCGGAGCCAGACACGCACAGGUGGUCGUACCUCGACGGCAUGGAGUCGUGGGUUCACCAGGCGCAAGACGUUACGCCGCCGCAAUAAACCACACGAAUUCAGCGCUUCUAUCAGAAUACUUCGGUAGCGGCGUCCCGAGAAGACCAACCCCGACUGCGGAGAACGAGAACAGCGUAUACCAAGUUGUCGGGGCGCCUAGUACUGACAUUCAAGAGCUGCAUCUGGAGAGCGCAGUGCCCACAAACUCGGAGAGCGUGAACGCGCAGCAGUUCUACCCUUAUCCCACGGAGAGUGUCGGUGAUAUCGGUGCUACAGCGCCCGGUCUGCUCGUAACAAGCGAGGCAGACCCGACACCCGACAACAUGGUCGGCGACGACCCUCGGAAUCCACUGAAAAAUCACAGGAAUAACAUUUUCUACAACGUUUAUCCAUCCGGCGGACGGUCAGGUACCGCGCGCACGCGCCGUCCUCCACCUGGAACCGGCUACGGGACCAGAUAUUUCCACAACGGUCUCCCGGACCUCGUGCCAGAUCCGUACUCCGUUCAGGCUGGCUCGUAUAUCCAGCGCAUGCAGAUGUAUGCGCUCCGGUGCGCAGCGGAAGAGAACUGUCUGGCGCGGUCAGCUUAUAGACCAUCAGUUAGGGACAUCGACUACAGGGUUCUGCUACGCUUUCCUCAGAGGGUCCGAAACCUCGGCACAGCAGACUUUCUGCCCGUGAAACCCAGACACGAGUGGGAAUGGCACAGCUGUCACCAGCAUUACCACAGCAUGGAUGCAUUCAGCCUCUAUGAUUUGUUGGAUAUAAACACUGGCCGUAAGGUGGCAGAGGGACACAAAGCCAGCUUCUGUCUGGAGGACACUGGAUGCAACCCAGGCUUUCGUCGUCGCUACGCUUGCACUGCACACACACAGGGUUUGAGCCCAGGGUGCCAUGACACCUAUGCUGCAAACAUCGAUUGCCAGUGGAUCGACAUCACAGACGUUCCUCCUGGUAACUACCUGCUUAAGAUCACAGUUAACCCAAGCUUCUUGGUUGCUGAGUCUGAUUUCUCCAACAAUGUGGUGCUUUGUGAGAUUUUCUACAGCGGCCAUCAUGUCGAGACUCAAAAUUGCAGGAUAGCUAGGAACUGAUAUUUCGGACAAUAGGAAAUCAUUUCCUCCAUAUUUUUCAUUAUUUUGUAAGCUGGCAGUUUAUAUGUCAUUCCUUUUAUUUGAUUAUUCAAAAAAUUCAAAAACUUGAAAUACUGUUGGAAUCAUGUGCUAUCAUAGUUGUACUGUAUAUCUAUCAAUUGCUUGUGUUUCUUUUUCAUUUUAGUGUAACAAAAUAUUGUUUGCGGUAUUAUAGUACAAAUGAUAAAAUUUUUAUAAUACUUUAAUUUAUAGCUUCUUGUUACAAAUUUGUGCUUUGUGUUAUUUUAUGUGUACAGACAAAUGCUUUGGAAUUCUUUGUAUUUAUUACCUAUGGAAAAAGUAAGAUUUUUUUUUUCUUUUAAGACCUGAGUCUGUUUUUUUCUAUUGUGUUUAAUUUCCUGACUCCAGAGUAGACCACUAGAAACGAUAACUACAUGAAGUAUCUCAUUCAUGCGGCGCAAGAAUGCAAGGAGGCAUCCAAGAAAAAAAACAAAAAAACAAAAAGCAUGUAGUCUGACUGCAUGUAAGGUCCUGGUGCUAAAGCUGUUUCCCUGAUACACAAUAAACAUUACAGAAUUUAACAUUGAAA